AUGGCCGUUGAUUUUGACGGUCGCACUGCGAUAGACAAGGCCUGGCUGGGCUUGGCCAUGGGAUGGACAUCAGCAGGGGGUAACCUGAUCGAUGUAGAAGGCCAAGUCGGUUGGAAGAACAGGGAGAAUGGGGAUCGUCCCGCUCUGACAGGCUCACGAGAUGACUUGCGUGGCCCGUGA